GUGGUCCUCCAGGACCAAAGUUGCCCAUCCCUGAUACAUAGGAUAGGAUAGGGUAUAGAUCAUACAUGUUGUUGGUUUUGAUGUAUUAAAUGUCUAAAUUGUUUUAUGUCUGUUUUUGCCCUAGACCUAAUGACACUGAAAGAGGCGAGUCAUGAACUUAAUGAAAUGGAAGAAGAGAAAAAACAUGAUAAACAUGAUUUCAUGACUGGGAAAAGAUCGAUACAGGCUAAAAAGACCUCCUUACAAAAAAGAGCUCAAAAGACUGGAAAUAAAAGUUAUUUCAUCUGCCAACAGUGUGGAAAGAGUUUUGAUCAACACAGAAACCUUCAGGUUCACUUGAAAGAUCAUACUAGAGAGAGCCCCUUCACUUGCCAACAGUGUGGAAAGAGUUUCACACUUAAAGAAAACCUUCUAGUCCACUUGAGAAUUCAUACUGGAGAAAAGCCUUUCACGUGCCAACAGUGUGGAAAGAGUUUCGCUGUGAAAGUAAACCUUCAAGUACACAUGAGAAUUCACACUGGAGAGAAACCUUUUACCUGCCAGCAAUGUGGACAGAGUUUCACUGUAAAAGGAAACCUAAUAGCCCACAUGAGAAUUCACACUGGAGAAAAGCCUUUCACCUGCCAGCAAUGUGGAAAGAGUUUCACACAUAAAAGAAGCCUUAUAGUCCACAUGAGAAUUCAUACUGGAGAGAAAGCUUACACCUGCCAACAAUGUGGACAGAGUUUCGCACAUAAGGGUAGCAUUAAAGUCCACAUGCGAAUUCACACUGGAGAAAAGCCUUUCACCUGCCAACAAUGUGGAAAGAGUUUCAGUCAAAAGGGAAGCCUUACAGCCCACAUGAGAAUUCACACUGGAGAGAGCUCAUUUACCUGUAACCAGUGUGGACAGAGUUUCAGUCAAAAGGGAAACCUUAAUGAACACAUGAGAAUUCACACUGGAGAGAAACCUUUCACCUGCCAGCAAUGUGGAGAGAGUUUCAGAUUUAAAGGUAACCUUAAGGGACACAUGAGAACUCACACUGGAGAAAAGCCUUACAUCUGCCAACAGUGUGGAAAGAGUUUCAGUCAAAAAGGAAAACUUGAAAUCCACAUGAGAAUUCACACUGGAGAAAAGCCUUACAUCUGCCAACAGUGUGGAAAGAGUUUCAGUCAAAAAGGAACAUUUGAAAUCCACAUGAGAAUUCACACUGGAGAAAAGCCUUACACCUGCCAACAGUGUGGACAAAGUUUCACUGUAAAAGGAAAUCUUACAGCCCACAUGAGAAUUCAUACUGGAGAGAAGCCUUUUACAUGUGGUCAGUGUGGAAAGAGUUUCAGAUUUAAAGGUGACCUUAAGGGUCACAUGAAGAUUCACUCAAAAAUGACUCUCUUACAAUAUGGAAAGACUUUUAGUCAACAUAGAAACCUUCAAGUCCACUUGAGAAUUCAUACUGGAGAGAAAGCUUACACCUGCCAACAGUGUGGAAAGAGUUUCAGUCAAAUAGGAAGCCUUAAAGACCACAUGAGAAUUCACAUUAAUGAGAGCCCAUUUACCUGCCAACAGUGUGGAAAGAGAUUCAAUCGAAAAAGAAGCAUUGAAAUCCACAUGAGAAUUCACACUGGAGAAAAGCCUUACACCUGUCAAGAGUGUGGAAAGAGUUUCAAUCAAAAAGGUCUUAAAUCCCACAUGAGGAUUCACACUGGAGAGAGUCCAUUCACCUGCCAACAGUGUGGACAGAGUUUCAGUCAAAAAGAAGGCCUUAUAGUCCACAUGAUAAUUCACACUGGACUGAGCCAAUUCACCUGCCAACAGUGUGGAAAGAGUUUCAGUCGAAAAGAACACCUUAAAGGCCACAUGAAAAUUCAUACUGGAGAGAAGCCAUACACAUGUGAUCAGUGUGGAAAGAGUUUCAUAUAUAAAAGGUAA